GCGGCGCGGGAGGGCGGCAGAGGGGCCGCGGGGCCAGCAGAGCCGUGUUCGUGGUGUGGAGGCCCGAGUGGACCGGACGGAUGGGCAGCAGCUGGCAAAGCUGCCCAUGUGCCCCUGCCCGCUGGGGGCCGCCCCACCAUGGCCAUCGUGCAGACACUGCCAGUGCCCCUCGAGGCGGCUGCUGAGGGGUCCACACAUCUCCGUACCACUGGCCGCUCUCCCCCCCCAACCAUGGGCAGCGUGGGCAGCCUCCUUCCCAGCCGACCCCGCCACGACCGUGCCGGCCAGCCCUGCGAUGGGGAGCUUCCCCCAGCCUCCUUCCACAAGCAGGAGAGGCUGCUCAGGGCAACCCCCCAGAACCUGCCUCCCCCUGAGGAGUCCUGUGCAGCUGUGCCCAGCGUCACUCAUGUCUACGCCAAUGGGAGCUUCUGCAGCAACUGGCUUGAUUCUGCCUCUCCGGUCAGCCCCUGCAGUGACUCUGAUGAACCCCAUGAUGACCAAGCUCCAAGUGGUCACCUCCAGGGGCCACCCCCAAAGCUUGUCCCGGUCUCUGGCAAGCUGGAGGAGAACAUGGAGAAGACUCUGAUCCGUCCCAUGGCCUUCAAGCCAGUGGUGCCCAAGCUCCGGAGCUCCCAGCAGGGCACUCGCUCAGGUCUCUCGGAGAGCCAGGUGAGCCUCACCCACUUGCUGGGUGCUGAGAAGCCUGGCUCCCUGAGCUGCCGUGCCAGCACCCUCUCGGACUCGGGACGCAACUCCCUCUCCAGCCUGCCCACCUACAGCACGGGCUGCAGCCAGCACCCUGAGGCAAGCGUCCUGUCAGCCACCCCUCAUGGCCCCUCUGACCCCCCGGGAGGCUGCCGCCCCUCCAACUCGGACAGUGGGCGCUCAUCGUCCAGCAAGAGCACAGGCUCGCUGAGUGGCCGGGGCCGACCCUCCUCAGAGAGUGGUUCCUGCGGGCGCUCACCCCUGCCUGGUGAGGAGGCCAUGCUGGUGCGGGAGCUGGAGGACAAGCUGCGGGAGAGGGAGGCUGAGCUGCAGCUCCUGCGUGACAGCCUGGAUGAGAAUGAGGUGGCCAUCUGCCAGGUGUACGAGGAGAAGCAACGGUGCUGCGAGCAGGAGCUGGAGGGGCUGCGGCAGCGCUGCACAGCCCAGGCACGGCAGGCAGCCCAGGCAGCCCAGCGUGGGCAGCAGGUCCUGCAGCUCCAGGUGCUGCAGCUGCAGCAGGAGAAGAAGCAGCUGCAAGAGGACUUGGCCCAGCUGCUGCAGGAGCGGGAGCUGCUGGACCGUCGCUGUGCCUCCUUCCAGCGCGAGCGCAACGAACUAGCACCCCGGCUGGAGGAGACCAAGUGGGAGGUGUGUCAGAAGUCGGGGGAGAUCUCUCUGCUGAAGCAGCAGCUGAAGGAGGCACAGGGGGAGCUGGCGCAGCGGGGGGCUGAGCUGCUGGGGCUGCGGGCACAGCUGCGGGAAGCACGGGCACAGCUGCAGGCGGGUGAGCGGCGGGCGCAGGGGCUGCAGGAGGCCACUCGCCUCAAGGCGCUGGAGCUGGAGGUCUGCGCCAAUGAACUGCAGCGCCGCAAGAGCGAAGCUGACCUCUUCCGUGCCAAAGCUGGAAGGCUCGAGCAGGAGGUGGCAGGGCUGCGGGAAGCUGCCCGCAGGCGAUGCCCCCCACCCAGUGAGGGGUGCCCCCCACUUAGUGAAGGAUACUCCCCGCCUGGUGAGGAGCCCAGCAGCAGCGCGGGGCUGCGGCGGCAGCUGGAGCGGCUGCAGGCAGAAGUGGCCCUGGAGCGGCAGCGUGGGCAGGAGCAGAGGGAUGCCUUCGAGCAGGAACGGGGCACAUGGCAGGGUGAGAAGGAGCGGGUGAUCCGCUACCAGAAGCAGCUGCAGUACAGCUACAUCCAGAUGUACCGCCGCAACCGGCGUCUGGAGCAGCGGCUCCAGCACCUCCGGCUGCAGGGUGAGGACCCCCUGCUAGAGCCAUGUGACCCCCCAGGCUCUGACCUGCCCUUUGAGGAGAUCACGGCCACUGAGAUCUGAUGUGCUGCUUGCCCUCACCCCACGUUUGGAGGGCAAAGGGAUCCUCCAGCCUCUGGGAUUUUGGGAGCAGUGGGGCUACAGGGGAUUCCUGGUUUGCCCCCUGGCUCUGCAGAGGCUGCUGGCAGCAGGAGGGGGCAGAGAGGACCGCAGGCACUGCCCCCUCCGCACCAUGGAGGUGUUGGAUGCACCCACCACAGCGUGGGGGGGUGCCCAUGAGGCGUGGGGCCAGGUGAGUGCUGAGUCCUAGCCUCAGGGCUACCCGGAGCUGGUUCCUACUGAUCCUCUUAGCACCCGGGGGGAUUAGCAGUGCUGUCUUCAGCCAGGGUCACCUUGGGCAGGGGGAGGACUGGGUUGUCUCCCUCCCUCUCAUCCCUGCUGACAGUCACCCAGCCACUUCCCCACUUGCAGAAGGGACAACACAUGCCCUGUCUCUGCCCAUGGUGGCCUCCCCUCUGCCACAUGUGUGUUUGUCAGGGGAUUUGGUUCUGUGCCAUUUUAAAUAACUCUAUUUUUAUAGGACCUACCAAAACAUAUCACCUUCUCCCAGCUCACACCCCACCUGUCUGUGCCCCCUCACCCCUGCCAUGGGGCAGACUGCCCUCUGUGCCUUUCCCAUACCCAUGCUCCCACCAAUCCUCUGCUUCCUCCCAAAAAUAAAAAAGCCUGGUUCAUGCCCCUGUGAUGUUCAACCCACCAGGGGAGAGGGGUGUGGUGCCUGGGGUGUCAGCUGGGGACCCUAGGGUUGCCCAUGAGGUGGGCAGAGGUGGGGGGCUCAAGUUUGGCACCAGGGGGGGUCAAACCAAAGGAAAAGCCUGGCUGUGUCCAGCUCUGGCUUGGUCGCCCCCAGCUUUGUGGGGGAAU